UUAUUUUGGGGAAGUUCAAUAGGCCUGUGUUGUACAGGAAGUGAAACUAGAUGCCCACAAUGUUCCCUUCUAGUCUUAGAACCUAUGACUCUAUGAAAUAAAACAGAUUUCUUAUUGUAAAUAAAAAGUAUAAAUAUAAAAGGCCUGUUCAGUAGUCAGUACAUUUUCUCUUACUGGCAAACUAGAUGAAAACAAUUUUAAUCUAAAGAUUGAGCAUGCAACUAAUCAUUAUGAAAAUAAAUGAUCAAUUAUUUGAACAGUGGCUGUAAAACAUUCCAGUCACUUAUUUCUGCUUAGUACUGAAUGGAUUCGUUAUUCAGUGCUGGUCAAUCUGACCAUUGGAAUCAAUAUAAAGAAAUAAAUGGAAAAUCAACUAUAGAAACGAUCCUUCCGGGUUAAAGAGAAAGGGAAUCUGUCCAUUGUCAAAAGUUGUUCGGAAAGAAAAGAAACCUUUUUUGUAUAUAUCUCACUGGAAACAAGCAUUGUUGCUGAAUGACCUAAUCUGAAACUAUAAAUGUAAAUUGUGCUGGAUAAGACCAGGUUUUUGUCUAUAAAUAUUCCAUUUAUUUAAAAAAAUAUGUUGAAUAAAUUUAAUUAAAAACAGAUAAGUGGCUCUGAAAAUGAUAAGUACAUUUAAUCUGUUAGUAAGAGAAGAUUUACCAAGUGGUGGUGAAUUUAGUGAAGACUGAGUAUGAAAAGCAGAGAUGUAUGUAGAUUUACAGAUCUCAAAAGAGGUACUGCAGUGCUUCUACCGGUGGGGGAAAAAGAAUUUGACCAUGUGACCCCAAUCCGGAAUUCUAGACUCUCCAUUUCAAAGCGCGGGCUUUUCAAACUACCCAAUCAGAAUUAAGAGUUCAAACUCCUCGCUCAGAUCAGCCCAAUAGCUUUGAAAUCACCAAGAAAUCAUAAGAACCAUCCACUAUUAACAAGGUCGAGGAAAAGCGAAUAAAACAACACAAAAAAAUAACCACUCCCCCAUCCCCCAAAAACGGAGUGCUCCUUAAAUCAUAUAGAUAGAGAGAGAAAAUAAAUUUUCAAUCAAGGCUUUAAAUAGAAUUCAUAUAAGUGUUGUUUCUCAUGAAUUCUGAAUUAAGUCACAGACUAAGCAGGUUGUAACGUCGUUUCAACCCUGGCAUUUCAUGUGUGCUCGGGAUCGUGCUAAUAAAGUUACGGUACCUUUUAUUAUUUAAAAAUAUAGCUCCGGUGUUGUCCCGAAAUCAUAAUUUAAAUGGUAAAAACGACAAUAAUAAUAUUUCUUUAAGUUUCGAAGUAUACGCUUUGUUCAACCGAGCGCCAGUUUAUUGUAGGAGGGUGUGCUACCUCUUUCUGUUUGAAAUAAGUUUAUAAUAAAUUCGUCGAUACAAAUCAUUCCCUUUCUUUCCUAAUUAGAAGAAGACCGUCAAAGGAAUAACAUUGCAUUAUUUCUCUGGUCGUUUUGUCAAAGGGACAUUUUUAAUUUAUAAAGAAAAACAAUGUUCUGUCUCUCGAGGUCCAUGCAGCUUCAGUACUCAGGGUUUAUAAUCUUUUCUUUAAUGGAAUUUCAUUAUUUUCUGAAGGAAACACUAACGGAUGAAAAUACCCUGUUUCAAAUUCAUUUCUCUGAGAAAAGGGACAGUUUGGUGGCGAAUAUUGUGCAAAAAAUACACUUUACUGAGUCCGAAGAAACACAAAAUGAGAGAAGAGAGAAGAGCCCUUUCUGGUUUGCAGCUGGGCGGGCUCUUUAAUGCACCAAUCAGACAGUGACCCCUCCCUAUAAAUAACAGGCAUCAGACUCGUUGACUUCAGUUUAUGUUUUUUUCCUAUUUUGUAACGUGUCUGUGACCAUGUCUGAAACUGCGCCUGUAGUUGCAGCAGCAGUAGCAGCUGCCCCUGCUCCAGCCUCCAAGGCUCCAGCCAAGAAGGCAAAAAAGGCGGCCGGCGGUUCGAAACUCCGGAAGCCCUCAGGCCCCAGCGUGACCGAGCUGAUCACUAAGGCAGUGUCAGUCUCCAAGGAGCGCAAAGGGCUGUCUUUGGCUGCUCUGAAAAAAGCUUUGGCAGCUGGCGGGUACGAUGUGGAAAAGAACAAUAGUCGUAUUAAGCUGGGGCUGAAAAGCUUGGUGAGCAAAGGCACUUUGGUACAGACCAAAGGUACUGGUGCCUCUGGUUCCUUCAAACUCAACAAGAAGCCGGGUGAGAUCAAGGAAAAGGCUCCCAAGAAAAAGUCAGUGGCAAAGCCGAAGAAACCAGCUGCCAAGAAACCCGCCAGCGCCGCUAAGAAGCCCAAAAAGGCUGCGGCCGUUAAAAAGAGCCCGAAAAAAGCCAAGAAGCCAGCGGCUUCCACGGCCAAGAAAGCGGCCAAGAGCCCGAAAAAGGCCAAACCUGCCAAGCCCAAAAAGGCAGCCAAGAGCCCAGCUAAGGCUAAGGCGGUGAAACCCAAGGCUGCCAAGCCCAAGCCGACCAAACCCAAAGCAGGAAAGGCUAAGAAGGCAGCGCCCAAGAAGAAGUGAAGCUGUUUGAAGAGAAAAUCCGAAUCUCAUGCAAAUAAACCCAACGGCUCUUUUAAGAGCCACCCAUCCUUUCUCCAAGGAGCUGAAACACCUAAGUGUGCUGUGCAUCAAACGUUGCUUUGGUGGAGGACCUGCUCUAGCAGUUUGUUCACUUUUUAUAACUUUCCAAAAUCUCAUUUUCUGUAUAGUUUAAGAAACUAAUUUUAAUAUCUCUGAACCAGAAACAAUUUAGAAAAAUGUAAUGAUUGGGUUUUUUUGUUUUUAAACUAUGCUUUCAGGGAUUCUAGCCAUUUAGAUUUUGCUAUUAGAGCUCGUCCCGCUAGCAUAUUAGAAUGCCUUCUCGGUUUAUUUUGCCUAGCUGUUAGGAGUGUAUCACCAGUUAAGCAGUGCGAAGAAUAGUUUUGCGGGGAUUGGGGAAAAUUUGAAAAGUCCGCGCUUUUUAGCAAUUGGAUAAUUUGAAAAAUCCGCGUUUUACGAGGAUUGGUCUGGUCCAUGACGCACCUCUUUCCCUUCCGCCCCUGGGUUUCUUUGACUUAAAUAAAUCCAUUCCAUUUACCCGUACAAAUUAAAUAUUCUGGUGUAAUGUUUCACAAUUUACAUUAUUGAUUUUUAGCUACAUUUCCGCUUAUAAUCUACUACUGAUGAAAAUACAUAAAUUUU